UUCUCGCCGAGGUAAGUUACUCCACUGAACUGCUAAACACAAAUCAGUUCGAGUUCAACUGUCGUGGCGUUCAGACGUAUUCGGAAAAAGGAAAAGCUAGUAAACCUGAAAGCUCAAACGGUUCUCAGUUAACAGAGAAAAGUUGAUAAAAAAAAUUAUUGGUGGAAAAAAAAAAUAAACACACAAAUAUAAAUGAUUAUUUGAUUCAAUAAAAUUAAAAAUAUCGUACGGAAGAAAAAAAAUCAUCUUGAAGAAAACUUGUAAUAAAAUUGGAAAAUAAAUUUCCAGAAUAAUAUGCAUAUAUAUUUUAUUAAAUGCAAGUGAAAGUGUUGAAAAAAAUACCAAAUAAAAAACCAACUUAAAAUUGUGCUUUAUUGAAGAAAAAAAAUAACGAAAAACUUCUUAACAACAGUUGUGGAUUAAAUCAACACCUUCAUAUUUGGCUGCUUUAGUCAAUUUUUGGAUUACUUAUACUUUAACAGCAAACCUUGCUGCAACUUUUUGGAUUAGUUCCCGUUCACAAAAAACAACUUCACCAUCUACAAUAUGGUUGUAUUAGAAGGUGGCGGUGGUGUUGUUACCAUCGGUAAUAACCAAUACCUUCAACCUGAUUAUUUGGCUCCAUUGCAAGCAACGAUGGAUUCCAAAAAAAGUCCUUUGGCUCUCCUCGCUCAAACAUGUUCACAAAUUGGUGCUGACUCAUCGGCUGUUAAACCCCUGUUGGCUUUGGAUAAAACCAAAAAAUCUGGCUCCACAUCAUCGGCUUCAUCAUCCACCUCAAGUGUUAGCUCUGACACAGGAUCAGCGAAAUCACCCACACAAGCUAAAUCACCCAAAUCGACAACACCUACUACAACAGAAGUAAAAUUGGCCUUUAAGCCCUAUGAGACAAAUGUCUUGAGUCAACAAAAUCGUGAUACUUUUAAAUCUUCAUCCAGCAACAACAAUUCAACAGACGAUAAUAGACCAAGUUCCAAAGCAUCGUCGCACAAUGGGGAUGUCAAUAAUACACGGGUGCCAUCGCGCAGCAAAUCCAACAGCUCGCCAGAAAACUUUAAUAAAUCGCAAGAUUUAACUACAGGCGGAGGUUCCUCAACUCCUCAUGAUACCAGCCGUAAAACUGUUUCGCCGUCGGGCUCUUCACAGCGUGGCGCAAGUCCAAUUGUACGCUCUGGCAUGGAGGUAUUGAACAAUGCCAACGGUUCUGCCCAACAUCCUAAAGAAAUGAGCAGCAUGGCUCAAGCUGCUGCUGCCGCUGCAGCUGCCUAUAAGGCCGCUGGUGCUCAGUAUGGUUUGAAUCCUUUGUCGGCCUUGUGCUGUCCUCCCGGCAUGGAACAACAUGCUGCCGCCAAUCCAGCCUUUCGUCCACCAUUUGCGGCUGGCGGUUUUUCGCAUCAUCACGCAGCCAUGUUGGCGGCUGCUGCUGCCAACGGCGGUUAUCCCGGCGGCCCUGGACAAAAUCCUCAAAAUCCAUACAUCAGUUAUCAACGCAUUAAGACUCCUGCCGGCGGUGAAGCUAUUGUACCGAUUUGCAAAGAUCCCUACUGUCCCGGCUGCCCCUACUCGGCCCAUACACAACAAAUGCUUAUGGGCGCUCCCUGUCCGGCCGGCUGUACACAAUGUGAACAUCAAAAAUACGGCAUGGCUGCUAUGAUGGGUGGUGCCGGUUUACCACCAGGUCAUCCAUACUCUCAAGCUGCUGCCGCCGCCGCUGCUAGUGCUGCAGCUGCUCGUUCUGCUCCUUACGUCUGUAGUUGGGUUGUGGGUGAUGCCUACUGUGGCAAGAGAUUCCAAACCUCAGAUGAGCUUUUCUCACACUUAAGAACCCAUACUGGCAAUCUAUCUGAUCCUGCUGCCGCUGCGGCUGCUUUGGCUCAAUCCCAAGCACAAUCUUUGCUCGGUUCGCUAUUCCCUCCAUCGGCGUUGAGAGGAGGCUAUCCCGCACCCCAGCUUAGCCCCAUGUCUGCAGCUGCUGCUGCUGCCGCCGCAUCUCGUUAUCAUCCCUAUGCUAAGCCCCCAAGUGCCAUGGGUCCCGGAGGACCCUCACCGUUUGGUGCACCGGGAGCAUUUAAUCCUGCUGCGGCCGCUGCUGCUGCUGCUUUAGGUCCAUACUACUCACCCUAUGCCAUGUAUGGCCAACGUAUUGGCUCCGCCGCAGUACACCAAUAAGUGAUUUAGUUGGCGCAAAAGAAAAACAAAAAAACAUAGCCUCUGACGAAGGCUUUUUGUGAAAGUGAUCUUGAAAUCAUCUCAUGAAUGUCAUACCAAAUAAAAAUGAAGGAGCAAACAGGCCUCCUCCAUGGCCCAUCAUCACGAAGGCACUGAUUCAAGGAGCAUGGCCUCCCACAGCACAAUUAAUGUGGAAUUGAGCAGCCGUCGAAAGCUAGAAAAAAACUCAUUGAUGAACAAAGAAAAAAUUACACAAAAAAACACCCCAAAAAUGAGUCAAAACCGUCCAAUUUGUGGACUGGUUUCAAUACUGUGAUACUAAAUUGUAGUUUGAGCGAUAGUUUGUUAGUUUUAAAAGAAAAAAUUCAUACUUUUUAUUAAGAAAAAAAUACACAUAAAAUAAGAAAAAAAAAUAAAUCCAAAAGUUUCAUUUUAUUUUAUCAAUAAAAAAUAUUUCUUUUUGUUAAUUUCAACACCUGCAACCAAAGCACACCAUGUUUCCAUAGAGAAUAUCUUAAUAAAAAUUAUCAAGAAAAUCCUAAAUCUUCCAUAAUUUUUGUUGCUUAUAUGUCAAAAAUAACUAAACACGUUGAAAAAAAUUGUUUCUUUAUAUAUUAAUUACAUUGCUUUGCUUUGUUUUCUUUAUGCUAUCCCACAUUAAAGUCUAAAGAAAUUCUUUCCUUUUUUAGUUAUUUAGUCCCUAAGUUAUUCUAAUGUAAUUUUGACUAGGUUUAUAGUUGCUUUCAUCCAACAUGUCAUUGUCACCAAUCCAAACUGAAAACAGAACAAUUUUCCCCAACACAAUUCAAACACUUAGAUUUGCUAUAUAUGAGAUGUGCAAAUGAUGAAGCAAAGACAAAAAUAAAAAAAAUAAAAAUCAAUUGAUACCUAUAACAUCGACAACCAAUAACACUUCUAAGCAUAUAUCUAUAUAUAAAUAAUUAUAAUUGUGUAUUUUCAUUUGUUUGGAAAUUGACAAGAAAAAACCUAAUAAAUUAUACUUAUAAAAAAAAACUAAAGAGAAACCCCAAAAAGAAAAAAACACAAAUAUAACAAAAGAAAAAUUUGAAAAUUUUAA